AUGGCGUAUUAUUCUGAUGAAGUAGGGUUCCUUGAACUUUUCAAGAGAGUGCAAGUUUGCCAACAGCGGAGAAAUUUUCCUUCUAUAAAUUUUAAACCUUUGCAAAUGAAAUGCCUGGAGUAUUUGCUUAAAGGAUGUGAUGUUAUUGGCGUACUCCCGACAGGUUUUGGGAAAUCUAUGCUUUUCCAUCUGCUGCCAGAUCUAAUUCCCGUAAAAUCACGAAAAAAUAUAGUAAUUGUGAUUUGUCCUCUAAACUCUAUUGUGGAAGACCAGCUGAGGGUGCUGAGUGCAAUAAAUAUUUCCGCUGGGGUCAUACAAUUUGCCAUUAACGAGCGGAAACCGGCUGAAGACUUGUUCACGGAAGGUAGUGAAAAUCGCAAAAUUCACUUGAAGGAAACGCUGAUGGAUAUAGAACAAGAAAUAGUAAAUGGCAAUACUUCCAUUGUAUUUGCACACCCGGAAGCCCUGUUGAAAUCUAAAGGAAGGGAACUGAUGGGAAGUAAAGUGUUUCAAGAGAACGUUGUUGGUUGUGUAAUAGAUGAGGCUCAUUGUGUCGAGUUAUGGUAUGUAAUUUUUAUAAUAGGAGACUGCAAGAUUGUUACAGUAAACCCAAACAGAGAGAACAUAUAUCUUGGAAAGAAAGUACGUUCAAGUGAUCACAAAAAGUUUGAAAGUUAUAAUGAAAUUCUGGGACCUGUUGCAAAGGAACUAUUGAUUAAAAAAGAAAACUACCCAAUGACAAUUAUCUAUAUGAAACUGAAAUACUGUGCACAUGCCUACCGAUUGUUUGAAAGAAUUCUGCAAGAUGAACAGUAUGUUAAUGGAUGUGAAGAACCUAUGGCAAGACUUUUUGCCCAGUUUCAUUCUCCCCAAACAAGUCGAAUGAAAAGGGAAUUAAUUGAAGAAAUAAAGAAAAAGGACUCAAGGGUCAGGGUACUGUUUGCAACAUCAGCACUUGGUAUGGGUGUUGAUGCCCCAUAUGUUGCUCAAGUGAUUCACAUAUCCCCUCCAAAUACUUUAGAAAGUUACAUGCAAGAGAUUGGUCGUGCUGGUCGUACUGGUAUUCAGUCAUAUGCAACAUUAUAUUACAACAAUUCUGACAUUGGAAGUCAUAAAAAGCAUAUUCAAGAAUCAAUGAAGAGCUACUGCAAGUCAAGAGAAGUCUGCUUAAGAAAGCAGCUUCUAGAAUAUUUUGGAUUUACUACACCACGGCAAGAAAAUUGUUGCUCUUCUGAAGAAAAAUCAGAGUGUUUGUUAAUUCCUUCAAUGUUAAUUGAUGAAUACCUAGCUGAAAGGGUUGUGAUGCAAAUUGAGUACAUUGAAUUGGAAUCAGACCUCCUUAACAAUUUUGGCAUAUGGGAUGAAAAAUUCAUUGUUUUCACAAUCAAUGAACAACAAGAUAUUAGCAUAGGAUGA